AUGGAAUACACAAGACGACGACCAUAUUCAGUUAAUAUUGAAAUUGAUAACCUUCAAGAUAUUUAUCAACAUGAUUUACAGAUGUAUGAUUUCCCUCCAAAAGGUGAAAUUCCAUUUUUAGAGUUUCAACAGUUAGGCAUGGAAAGAUUAAAACUUCUACAACUUGUUGAAAAUUCCUCGGUGCGAACGGAUAGUAAGAAAUUAAAGGAUCGUAAGGCUGAUCUAACUACAGAUUUAGAAAAAGAUGGACUUAAAUAUUUUUCACGUCUCUUACAUGCAAAGGGAUGCAAGUCUUCCACAGAAACAGAUUUACAACAUAGACAAAAGGAUCACCUAUCACAUUUUAUAAUGAGAUUAUCGUAUUGUCAAGAUCCAGAACGACAGAAGUGGUUCAUUAAUCAAGAAGUAGAUUUCUUUAAAUUAAGAUUUGAUUCGUUAGACAAAGAAGGAAUAGAAAAGUUACUUGAUAUGUAUAACAUUGAGUGUCGACUAAUCACGCAAGAAGAAAAAGAUAAAAUUAGAGAAGAACUUCUUUCAUCCAAUUCGAAAUUUUUAAAUAUUGAUCUGACAGAAUUUUACACAGUGGCUUUUCAGAAAGUCACAGACCUAGUUAGAUUGCGUAAGGUCUAUCUUGCUCAAGGAAUGGCAUAUAUUCCGCAAGAAAGUUUGGUGUCUUUGUUUGUGUCUUACUUUAAGAAACAGUUAGUAGAUGGUAUGGAGUAUGCAAAGAAUUGUGUUUUAAAUAUAUCCGAUGAUGAAAGAUUAAUGUCAUACCUUAAAUCAUUGCCUGGUUCUUUCUCUGGGAUGACACGUGUUGUUUGGACAACAACUACUACACCUAUAGACAAAUUAGAUGAGUUAUCAAAAACCUCCUAUCCUUUGUGUAUGAGAACAUUACACGAGGCACUUAGGACUCAUCACCAUCUUAAAAACAGUGCGCGUAUUCAGUAUGGUUUAUUCAUAAAAGGUAUAGGGGUAACAUUAGAUGACGCGUUGCGAUUUUGGAAAAUGGAAUUCACGAAGAAGAUAGAUCCAGAUAAAUUUGAUAAACAAUAUGGUUAUAGUAUAAGGCAUAUGUUUGGCAAAGAGGGAAAACAGACAAAUUAUACCCCUCUUGGAUGUCAGAAAAUUAUAACUUCUGCUGUGGGCCCUGGAGAAUUCCAUGGUUGUCCAUAUCGACAUAUGAAUUCUGAUUCAUUGAAACAAAAAUUAAUUACUUGCGGUGUACCGGCACAAAGAGUUAAUGAAAUAGCAGAUCUCGCCAAGGCUGGUCAUUACAAUAUCGCCUGCAGAACAUAUUUCGAGGUUUCACAUAAUCUCGUGCCAGAGAAGUCUAUUAUAAUUAUUCACCCAAAUGUAUAUUUCACAGAAAGUCGAGCUAUAUUAACUAAAGAUAAUCCUACAGAGGCUGAAAGCAACGAAAGCUUCUCGCAAAGCGGAAGAUUUAGCGAGAGGAUAAGUAACACUCCCGCGAGAAGUGAAAGAAACUUUGGCACACCUUUAAGAAAUAACGAUAGAUCGUUCGAAACUCCUUCAAAAUAUGCGGAGCGAAAUAGCACACCGUCCAGAAAGCUAGAUAAAACGAGUAUAACUCCGGUAAGAACAGUUAAAGCUACUCCAAAAAGAAUAGACGAUAGUUAUCUCAAUGACGAUGAUAUCGCCGAAUUAAUGAGUGGAGACAUGUGA